AGUCAGGGCAGAGAGUUUGUCUGAACACAGGAGUACAGCUCCAUCCUUAUAUUCAGUAACUGCAAACUCAGUGAAUUACAGGCGACUAUAGCACUGACCCAUCCUGCAGCCUUUCUGCAUGGCAAAAUCCUUAGACAGUCCUUAAAAUCAUCGAACAGAUGAUACAAUCUUUUUAUUUUAAACAUCUUACAGCUUAGUAAGAUCUCCACCAUGGUGCUCGGAAAGGUGAAGAACUUCUUCGUCAGCUACGACUGUCUCAAUGACAGCAAUGUCCCGGUAUUCGCCAGCGGGGACGUUGUCUCGGGUCGCGUGAUCGUUGAAGUUACCGGAGAAAUUCGCGUGAAAUCAUUGAACAUUCACGCGAAGGGACUGGCGAAAGUUCGCUGGACUGAGUCACGCAAUGCGGGGUCCAACACUGCCUAUACACAGAACUUCACAGAAGAAGUGGAGUAUUUAAACCACAAAGACGUCCUAAUUGGACGUGAUCGAGAUGAUGACAACUGUGACGACGGCUUCACCGUUAUUCACUCAGGUCGACACGAGUUUCCCUUCAGCCUUGAACUGCCCCAGAUGCCUUUGGCUACAUCCUUUGAAGGCAAACAUGGCAGUGUACGGUACUGGGUGAAGGCAGAGCUCCACAGACCGUGGCUCCUGCCCAUGAAAGCCAAGAAGGAGUUCACUGUCUUCGAGCACAUUGACAUCAACACUCCACUGUUACUGUCUCCUCAGGCUGGCACAAAGGACAAAACGCUUUGCUGCUGGUUCUGCACCUCAGGGCCUAUUUCACUAAGUGCCAAAAUUGAGAGGAAGGGCUACACUCCAGGCGAGUCCAUCCAGAUCUUUGCCGAGAUUGAAAACUGCUCUUCCCGUGUGGUCGUGCCAAAGGCAGCCAUCUACCAAACUCAGACCUUCUUUGCCAAAGGCAAGGUCAAGGAGAUCAAACAGCUUGUUGCUAACCUCCGUGGAGAUCCUCUACCAUCUGGCAGGACUGAGACUUGGGACAGCAAGAUGUUGAAGAUUCCACCCAUUUCUCCUUCCAUUCUGGACUGCAGCAUCAUCCGAGUGGAAUAUUCGCUCAUGGUGUACGUGGACAUUCCUCGGGCUGUGAACCUGACCCUGAACCUACCCCUGGUGAUCGGCACAAUCCCACUCCACUCCUUUGGCAGUCGUACCUCUUCUGUCAGCAGCCAGUGCAGUAUGGCCAUGAGUUGGUUGGGGUUGCCCGAGAGGCCUGAAGCUCCACCAAGCUACACUGAAGUCGUCACAGAUGAACAGCGACAUAAUUUAGAGGUCCCAACUGCAAGGGAUGAGAUCGAAGGACCACUUUAUGCCUACAUUCAUGAGUUCCGUUACCAGCCUCCACCCCUGUAUUCCGAGAUUGACCCCCAUCCUGAAGAGGUGUGCUCCCCAUUGGACAGGAGACCAGAUACCUGUCCAUCCCGCUGAAGUAGUGACCACACCUGACCAGUGCUGUCAGGGAUCUCUAAUCUCUACAACCUUAUCCCCUCAACAGGGGUUUGUUCUUCCUCCAUGUGGAGGCACGAGCGGCCGUUUAUCUUGCCGAUGCAGAUGGAAUCCCAGUCCUAGGAUUGUCCACUUGGUCGAAUCCAGCUCAGUGGCCCAUGCUGAAGAUCUCAAGCAAUUCUCCCCUUCCAUCUCUGGUGAAAAGAGCACAGACAAGAUUUGUAGGAGUAAAACUGUGCUCUUGACAUUGAGAUGGACUAAACACAAAGUCACUGAAUGCUAGAAUGCUGUGGCCAAAAGUCUUGAAACUUGUUCCUCGUUUUGGAUGUUAUUCUUCACUAAAUUCAAUAAUACAGAAACAACGUGAUGUUUAGGGACGAGACAACCACCUUUAAACAAACAAGUAACUCCCAACAACCAAUGCAAAUCCAACAACCACUCCAAC